AUGCCUGGUUCCUGUGAGGUUUGCUCUUUAGAGCCCUCCAAAUAUCGCUGUCCCACAUGCGCACUGUUGAGUUGCUCACUUGCAUGCACCCAGUCACAUAAGAUAUACUGUGCUCCGAAAGCACCAUCGAAUGAGGAACCGAGUACCACCCCAGCGCCCGAUGGCGAUCCCACACCCGAGAACGAUCCCAACGGCCCUGCACCUGCAGAGCCAACUGGCACCGAAACUCCCGCGAUCACCCCCGCAGCAGUGGGGGCAUCGUCAGAGAUGAAAGAGCUUCUCAGCCAGUACCCUGAACUCCGCAGUCAGCUACAAGAUAUGUUCCAGUCCACGCUAGAAGAGGAAUGGGUGGAAUCAUUCACAGCCCCCGCACGAGGGCGUGGACGUGGGCGCGGGCGAGGUCGUGGAGGGCUCACUCCUCGUAGCCGUGGCCCCUGGACGUCCGAGAAAGGCUUCAACCGGGGCCUGGGCAGAGUCCGGAAGCUGAGACAAGACUGCGAAGAAGGGACGGAGACUGGCCAGACCGCCGAGGCUUUCAUGCGGUUUAUGGCGCUUGUUAAGGGCAAGGACUCAGCCUGA